AUGUUGAUGGCUUCCAAGCAUGUUUUUUGCAUCGGGCUCAUGCUGCUGCAUUGUGUGAAGCUCAUCCACGGGGUGCGCAAAGCAGACAUCUUCGAAGGUGAGGUGGCGCAGAGUUCCACUGCAAAUGCUGAUGCGCAUUCUUCACGCAUCACCGUGCGCGAGACGGAAACGCCCCUGAUCAGCAUCCACCAGCCUAUGGACCCCGAGGAUAUGCAGAAAAUGCUCGGAGACCACCUGGUGCCGGACGUGUACGACGGCAAGGCAUUCAUCCAGGUGUCUGUGUUCGAUUUAUCCAAGCUUGAGAUUGCUGGCUUUCUGCCGAGCUUCAUGAGCAGCUGGUGCCUGCGUGUGUCCGCUUAUGUGAAGAUGAAGGACUCCGGUGAGAAGGGUUAUAUGAUCUUAUCGGCAGAUUUUGAGGACACGAUCAGUGGCAUGUUCAUGACCAGGGGCUGCAAGAGCUCCCAGCUGGGCACCCUGUGCGGCACCAUCGCGGUAAAGCACACGGAUGAGGGGGACAGCAAGAUGUUCACAGUGUCUGAGGGCGGGGAGCCUAUACUGCACUUUGCUGCCCAGCUGGGCGGCGUCUCCAACACGGCCUUCUUCAACUGGGCCAACGAGCGGUACGUGCGGUUCCGCUUAAGCGAUGAUAAGAAGACCCUCCUCCGUGGUGAGCAGGAAGAUAAGACCUGGGAUGGCAACCAUCAGGUACAGACCGACGCCUUCCACUCGGCCAUUUUCAACACCAAGUUCGCCAAGUAUCAAUGGGGCUACCUUGACGAGGUCACUGACGCAUGCAGGAAGGGUUACUGCUUUUUCUCAGAGAAGGCAGGCUUUGUGGAUCAUGAGGCCAAGCCCGUUGCCGAGGUCGGACGGCAGCUUUGA